AUAAGAUUGACUAUUAAUUAAUUAAGGAGAUUUCGAGUUUCUUCAAAGUCGUCGCCGUCCAUUUUCAACUAGGGACUUAAAAGGGUUAUUUUGUUAUGUGUCAUGUAAUAAUGCCAAUAUCCAUUUCGUGCUCGUGGAACCCACUCAUGAAAGUGAUCUUAAUCAUUAUUUCCUUUUGAAAUAUAAGACAAAAAUUACAACACAUGAUUACAAAUCAACGAAGAAGUUGCUAUAGUGAAGAAGACUGAAGAUCAUAAACGUCCAUACAUGGCUUAAGUCAACAACAUCAUUUGGAGAUUUAUAGUCUGGUCUUGGAACACCGAUCCGGCUGAGGAUCCUCUGUGGAACCGCGACCAUGCAAAGGAGAGUGUGGAAGCCAUUUGUUCCAGUAAUGAAAAUAAAUCAAAUGAGCUAAAAUAUCUCUCUGAGAAAAGAUUAAUUAUGAAAAUCAAUCAGAUACGAAGAAUUUAUAAAAGUGAUCACCUAGAAAACCUCUUUCCAAAACCCUAGAUUCUUUUAGUCCAUUAAAGAAAACGUUGUUUAUUAAAGGAUGGAAAAAAUAUAUAACUUACUGAAAAUUAUGGAAACUGGAGAAAUUAACCCUAUGAUAUAUCUUAGGGUUGUGUGUAAAGAAAAUGAUGUUUUGAAGCAAGAGAAAAGAGAUGAAUUUGAGACUACAUCUUGGAGAGUUGGAAGGAACAUUUGAUAUGGAGAAAGCAGUGUGUAACCAUGGUUUCUUCAUGAUGGCUCCAAACGUGUGGAACCCUUCAACAAAGUCACUACACCGACCAUUAACCCUUUCGGAUUCUUCUUCCGUGGAUGUCACGAUCUCUCAUCCUCCCACACUCUCUUUUCUUGUAGUCCAAGUCCACGGCAUCAAUAAUGUUUCCAGAGUGGACGAAGAACUCAUCUUGCAACAAGUGGGGAGGAUGCUGAGAAUCUCAGAAAAGGACGAACGUGACAUGAUUGAGUUUCAUCAAGUCCAUGAGGCCGCAAAGAAGAGUGGUUUCUGUCGAAUUUUCCGCUCUCCAUCUCUCUUUGAAGAUAUGGUCAAAUCUAUUUUGUUGUGUAAUUCCACUUGGAGUAAGACGCUAGGCAUGGCUUCUGACCUCUGCGCAUUGCAAUUAAAGCUAGCUGACGGCACAAUUAGGCCUUCGACUACUUCUCGUGUAUCGAAAAAGAGGAAACCGAACCCAAAAUUCAAGAGAGCAACAAGGGGAAACUUCCCUAGCGCCAAGGAAAUAGCAAGCCUUGAAAAAGAGGUGAUCAAUGAGCACUGUAAACUUGGGUACAGAGCAAAUCAAAUAGUAAACUUAGCAAAGAAGGUUGAAAAUGGGUCACUGAAUCUUGAAAAGAUGGAAAUGGGAGAGAUGGAAGUGGAACAAGUGAUUGAGAAAAUGAAUAAGUUAAAGGGCUUUGGUCCUUUUGCUACUGCAACAGUGCUUAUGUGUCUCGGCUAUUACCAUCUUGUUCCAUCUGAUACCGAGACCCUAAGACUCUUACGAGAGGUGCAUGAAAUGAAGGAGUGUUCGAAAGAGACGCUUGAGAAAGCAACAAAUUCAAUUUAUGACCGAUUCUCUCCAUUCCAGUCUUUGGCCUAUUGGUUUGAUUUGAUCCAAGACUAUGAAACAAAACUUGGGAAGCUUAGCAAGUUGAGUCGCACUGACUACAACAGUGUUAGCGGAUGCUGCCACACGAAGAAACAACUCGAGGCAAACGAAUGA